AUGUCUGAUCUACCAGACGCUCCCGAUUCAGACAUGGAGUCUGCUUGCUCCGAUGAGAUGCAACCACGAUCCCCGUUGACCAGGGAUAAAAUGCGCGAAGGUCAUGCACGAUGGGUUACCGAGAUUCAUGAAAAGCAAGAGUUCAAAAUCUUGGUAUCUAUGGUCAAGCAACCUGCAACUUUGCCCGAAAACGCUGUAAAGCAUCUCGCUGAACUUUCUCUACAAUGUAAAGCGGACGAUGGGUUGGGCGACCAUUGUUACUACACAGCUUGCAGUUUUCUGGAAGUUGUUGCUCUGACCAUGCCAGACCAACAACAUGACCUUCUUGCCUUCAUCCAUCAGCUUAGGGCUACCACUUUGACCGAUCCUGUGACAGGCGAGGCCAUUCUAUAUGAUGGUGUGGUCUGGAGAGACCUACCUACUUUCGGAUAUACAAUCGCUGAUGAGUUGGGUUCCUUCAGUGGAGCCGAGGACGACUGUACAAUCGAGGAAGUUCAACGCUGGGAGAACUUGAUAGCUUUUUUCGCGCAGCUUGAUGCCAGCACAUCAGAUCCAGAGCUCGACUUUUCUAACACAUGGGCCUUGACGGCUCUGACAUGGGCCUUCGAAGAUCCUGCUUCGACUAGGCCUACCGACAUAACUCUUCGUCUGGCGUGUCUGUGGUACAUUUUCGAUGCCGAUAAGCUUUGGCUUAAAACACAGAGUCGGCAGUUUGACAACUACAGCCUCGAGAGCUGGAAUUGCUGGAAGCAGUGCCUAGUGAAUUGGCAGUCAGCUUUUGCUGAUCCGAGGACGAGGUUGCUGAUUGACGGUGCGUUGGCGCAGAUCAAACGGGUUGAAGCAAGUGCAUGA